AUGGAUACUUCUUGUCUUGUUGGAUGUACACCAAUUCACCUUGAAGAUGAGCAUGUGUCUAAAUUGAAGUUUUUAGUUUCGCAGAUUUCAAAUGAAACAGCAAAAUCUAGCGAAGAAAAGAAUUUGGAACAAUUCCAACGACUUGUUGAACUUUACGGAGAUGAACCCCAACUUUUGGACCCAGCAUUGAAUGAUUUGGUAGCUGCACUAGUUAAACAAAUCAGAUGGCCUUUACCUGAUGAACUCCCAAUUUUAGACAAUUCAAGCAUUGUGGCGCUGACUUACCUACGUAUUUUAUGUCUUGUUCGUGGUUACAAGUUUUUAAUGAGGCUUCUUCCGCAUGAGUUUGAAUUACUCGACCCAAUCCUUUCCUGUCUUCAACAUUUAAUAACAAAAAUGCCAACAUGUCCCAAAGAAGACAAAUUUUUAAACAAAAUAUUAAUUCAAAUGCUUGUUAUCUGGUUAAUGUUAAUUUGCAAAAAUCCUUUCAAUUUAGAAUUGCGUUAUUCGAGGAAUGAUGUAACAACAACAAAAACAACAAAUUCUUCUUCUUUUGCUGAAAAUAUUGUGAAUUGUUUAGAUGAAAUUUUGAAAAGUGAAAUUGUUGAUGGAGCAUUGUCAGUCGUCCCAACUUUACUAGCCCAAAUAUUAACUAGAGCGCCAGUCAAUACCAAAGCUUUGGAAACUCGUUUUUUAAAUUUUCAAGAUGUUUUUGACAAAUUUCAAAGUGAAAAGGAUGGUGGACGUCAAUUAAUUAAUCAAUUAGCUUUGGCCAAUGCUUUACUGAAAUGGGGCCGUAGAAGAGAUAUUAAACCAUUUACUGAACAACUUUUUUCUUCACUUUCAAAAGAUUUUUUAUUUUCCCAAUGCCCAAAUAUUUUGGUUCGCCAUUUAAUUUCAAAACUUUUACAAAGAAUUUCACUUGUUCUGCUUCGUCCAAAACUUGCUAGUUGGCGUUAUCGUUGUGGUUAUCGUUCUAUUGAGGAAACUUUAAAGAGAGAUAGAAAUUUAAAAAUGGAUUCUGCGACGUCUUUACAAGGUUUUUAA